AUGUUCUGGCGUUUUGGGGGAUAUGCGAGUAUCUCCACCAUUGAUACCCUUCUCGACAAGCCCGAUGUUACUCUCGAAGAACUCCUAGAUGAGCCGGAGGUCAUCCAGGAGCUGAAACAGCAUAAUACAAAACUCAUAGAAUACCUCCGCGAAGACCAUGUCUUGAAACGCCUUAUGGACUAUGUGAUUGCACCGAGCCUAGUGAAUGACGACGAAGAAAAUGAUGACAACGACGACCAUGAGAAAGAUGCGCCCAAAGGUGAAAAAGCAGACCCGGCGCAAGCAGGUGCUGGCAAUGAGGCCAUGGAUGAGAAAGAAAAGGAGUCCGACCCUUUGAAGAGUGUCUUGGACCCGGAAGAUCUGGAUAAGGUCGAGAAGACUCGCUUGAAGCAUGCCUAUGUGGCGUGUGAAAUCCUCUCGUCCGAGACUUGGACCAUCCUCGAAACUCUUAUGGAGAAUCCAUCCCACGUCCGCGAUUUCUGGGGUUUUCUCAGACGGUCGCCGCCUCUGGAUUCCUUGCAAGCCAGCUACUUCACCAAGGUGAACGAGACUUUGCUGGAUAAGAAAACGGAGGAGAUGCUAGAGCUUCUCAGAAACAUGGAUGGAAUUGUUGGGGCUAUUUUGCAGCAUGUCGACAACCCAAUGGUCAUGGACCUCCUGCUGAAGAUCAUUAGCUUGGAGAAGGCCGAGGGCGGCCAAGGCACCGUGGACUGGUUACAAUCGCAAAAUCUCAUUCCCACGCUCCUCUCAUUUCUGUCUCCGGACCACCCUGGAUCAGUUCAGACGUCUGCCGGUGACUUCUUGAAGGCCAUCAUCACCAUAUCCGCGAACGCGACUCCCAAUGACCAAUCUUGCAUUGGGCCAAACAGCCUUACUCGUCAACUGGUUUCUCCAGAGUGCAUACAGCAACUCAUUGACGCAAUGCUGAAGGGCGGAAACCCAUUGACUGUAGGUGUUGGUAUUGUUAUUGAAGUCAUUCGCAAAAACAACUCCGACUAUGACCCAGAGCACCUGGGUGGUCCUGAUUCGAUGCCUACUCCUUACGAUCCGAUCUACCUUGGUAACCUUCUACGAUUGUUUGCCAAACAUAUUCCCAAUUUCAUGGCUUUGAUCCAAAGUUCCAAGCAUGCCGUUCAUGAUGGGAACCAGCUCAAGUCAGUCGACCGCGGCCGUCUGAGCUCCGCCUGGGGUGGUAAAAUUGAGCCCCUCGGAUUUGAUAGGUUCAAGACUUGUGAAUUGAUGGCAGAGCUUUUGCAUUGCAGUAAUAUGGGCCUGUUGAAUGAACCAGGCAGUGACGAGUAUAUUCAGCACCGCAAUGAGGAGCGUGAACGGUUGAUCAGCGAAGGAUUCUUUAGCCCCAACCGGGACGACCACUCUGGCCUUGACUACAAUGAUACUACGGCAGACUUUGCAAAUGGGUCCGCUUUGGAUUCAGGAUCCCCGGAGGAUAUCAAGGGUGCACACAUGCCUCAUGCGGGUGAGGAGGAGGGCUUUGAAGAUGUUGCCGCCUCUGGCGAUAUUGUACCCGCAAAAGAAACUGGUAAUGCUGUUACAUCAGCUCCAGUUGAACCCACUGCCACCGUCGAGGAAGUAGGGAGCAGUCCCGAGUUGGAAGAAGUUCCUCAAACUCAAGAAGCCUCACGAACAGAAACAUCAUCCACCACCUCUCCGCAGCACAUUCCCGCCUCGUCCGAAUCUCCUUCGACCGCCGGUAUCAUUGAACAACUAGGUGAGAUUCAACUCGAGAAGGACAGGCAGUCACCAUCUCAGGAUGAGAAGGGUGGUUUACUGGUCUCACCUAAGGCGGACGACGUGCCUCUCCCACUCUCUGUGACCAAAGAGGGGCCCAUGGAGUCUUCUCAUAAGCCAACUAGUCACCAAGAUGCCGCCCCUGCUACUGAAACUGCCCAGGAAACGGAACGCGCCAAUGAUGGAGGCGCAGAGGAUCCUGCAGAGCAGUAUAUCCAAUACGACACAGAUGGGCGACCGGUUGUCGGCGAUUACCUAAAGAUCAUGUUCGUCGAAAACAAGGUGGUUCCUACUAUACUAGACUUUUUCUUCCGCUUUCCAUGGAACAACUUCCUCCACAACGUCGUGUACGACGUCGUGCAGCAAGUCUUCAAUGGUCCGAUGGAGCGAGGCUACAAUAGAGCUCUCGCAAUCAAUGUGUUCGAAGUCGGACACAUUACCACUGCGAUUGUUGAGGGUCAAAAGCGCAGCGAUGAGGCCCAGAGCACGAAGCAAAUCCGUCUCGGAUACAUGGGCCACCUCACUCUUGUUGCUGAGGAAGUCGUCAAGUUCAGUGAACGCCAUCCUCCUGAGCUUCUUUCACGGUCUGUCAUGGAGUCGGUCUUGAACCCAGAGUGGAUCGAUUACGUUGAGCAGACCCUGUCCGAAACCCGGGAGCGUGACAAUGCCAUUCUAGGUGGUGUGCGUCCUGAUAUGUCUGUUGGCUCUCGCCAAGCUACCUCUCUUAGCUCAGGCCAGGGAUUCAGCAGCUCCAACGCGCUCGCUGAAGCUGGUUUGAACGGGGGUAUUGGCGGGUCUACUUUCCAAGGGUUUGACUUGAACCAAGGAAGUGUCUCUGGUGGAGCAUUUGGUGGUGGUGGUACUUCUCUUUUGAGUGGGUUUGCCAGUUCAAGCGACGACGACGAAGAUGAAGAUUUAGAAGAUCAGGAUGAUCGGGAGACUGGUCUUGCUGAGCAGGGGGAAUCCGAUAACUUGGUGGGUAUCUGCCAAUUCAGCCAGCCAACCUAUCCCUAUCUUACCUCCACCCCCGCGCCUCUCAGUACCGGUCCGUCCAGAGCUAGACGUCAGUUAGCUGCUCGCCUAGCCGCACAGAAGCAACAGGCUGCUGAGAGUACUGAGGAAGAUGGAGACCACGAUAACACCCAAUGGUCCACCAACCCCUUCGUCAUCGCUGGUAUUGAUGACGAUACAGAAGGCGCUAGCUCAGCUUUCCCAAACACAGACUUUUCCGGUGGCGGAGAUCAAACAUUCUCCCCAUUUCCCGAAUCUGGAUUUAGCCCACCCGACUCUAUGUCUAGCGGUUCAUCAGAUGGCGGGGAAGGUCAAGGAGAAUCCACUCGCCGGCGAGUCCGAGUGCCUCUAGAAUUUGAGGAAGAUGAGGAUGAGAUGGGCGAAAUGGUCGGGCCCAGUGCAACUGGCACAAUUGAGUCCGAUGAAGAGGAGGAUGCAAUAAUCAACGAAUCGUUGGGCUACUCUAACCUAACAGGGCCAAACCGAUACUCCGGCUUCCGCCGCUCGCGAGACCUGGGCACACAUUUUGAUGACGAGAACAAUGAUAGCAGUGAUGGCGAAGAUGACGGCCUGGUCGAAAUUCUGGUUCCAGGUCGCAAAUCGUCUACCUCCAACUAA